CAGAUUGCAGGAGCAUGAGAAGGCUGGAAAGUGCGUAGCCGUCGUCAACAUGUUUGCAAGAAAAGACGUAGGAGCGCCCAAUGGCGUCGGCACGGCCGGCCCCAGCGCCCGGGACGGCUCGCACUGCGACCUGUGUGGAUGCACGAGACCCUCGGUGCGCUGCGACAAGUGCAACCGGCAGGUGUUCUGCCUGUCGUGCGACGACAUGUACCACCGGCACCCACGUCGCAAGAGCCACCUGCGCCGUGCUGUGGACAGCGUGGCCAGCGGACGCCCGGCUACCGUCAAGCCGCCGCCCUCGGCGCAGCAGCGUGUCGAAGGCGACCCUUCGCACAUGCCGGUGCCGCCGCCCAGGAAGAAGAAGUCGCUGUUCAGCGCUUUCGGCCGCGGCCCCGCUGCCAGCCAUCCUGCCGAUGAUCACGAGAGGCACCCAGCGUUGCCCAAGAAAGAGUUCUCGUGGACUGACAAGUUCGGCAGCAUCAAGCGUUUCAUGGCGAGCCGGCCGUUGCCCCCCGUUCCACCGGAGGACGAAGGCAUGCCACCGUCGCCGCGAUACCAUCGUGAUCACGUUCCGCUCAAUUACGUGAACGUGGACCCGCACCCGCCCGCGGUUCCACAGCGGCCGCCCCCACGCAUCGGCUUCCCGCCGCCGCCGCCUCAACAAAAACAGCAACAGCCACAACAACACAGCCGAGACCGCCGGGAGAUGGCGCACAUGGGCGUUGCUGGCGCCAGGAACGAUCGAAUGACGACGCUCGACGACUGGGACGACGUCGGCUCGGCCUCGGGCAGUAGUCACGCCAGCGACGACAGCUGGGGUCCCGAGGCCUACCGGCAUCCCGGAACCGAACAGCGUGACGGGCAGGCCUUCCGGAAAGUUGGCCCUCCCGGCGCUCACCAAGCGUUUGGGACGCUCCGCAAGCACAGCUCGCCACAUGCCUUUGCUGCUCACAAGGGCGGCGACUCGUCCACGCUAAGCCGCCAGAGCAGUAGCAUGACGGACCUCCAUGGGGGCCACGGCUCGACAGCAGCGAUGCUGCCCCCCGGGCCGGGCUACCCGGUGGCGGGGCCCGCGUUCCGGGCGCCGUUCGGCUACCCACCGAUGGCCUACCCUCUGGCGUCGGCCACUCCGCUUGGCUUCUACCGGCCGCCCUUCCUGGGCGGCUCCACGGGCUCUUGGAGUAACGUCAACUCUGCCGCCGAAGACGGCAAGGAAACGGACGACGACAAGUCCCAGCGCCAUUCCACGCUCGACUGCCGCCGCAUCAAGCGCAGCCAAAGUUGCAUGCACGACCCCAUGAUGCACCCCGGUCCCUUCUAUCCUUUCGGGUACCCAGCCUACCCGCCAAUGUUCCCACCAUGGAUGCGGCCUCCGUCGCCGUCGCUGUCGCAGCACUCGCUGUCAAUGGGCGACGGUUCGGGCGAACGGCUGCAAAGGCCGCACCACCGCAAGCACAAAAAGAGCCUGAGCAAGACCACGUCUCGGCGCCAGUCUUCGCAGGACCUGUCCUCCGAGGAGGAGAACGACCGUGACAGCCCGUCUCUGGACGAGCGAUCUUCCAGAGAUCGAGGAAGUCAUUCGAGUGAGAAGGCGAAGAGCCGCGGGCGCACACCUUCCAGUCGAGACCAGGAGGAGGCGAAAGCACCUGACAAGGCCGAGACUCAUGAGGCCACCACUGAGAGGGAACAUUCCGAAGCCAUCAGGCAGCAGCAGGCCCGCCUUCUCGCGGUCGCGGGCCAGGCCGAGAAGCAGCAGCAGGCCCAGACAUCCGCCGAACAGUCUGGACUGGAGCAAGCGGCGCCCACUGCCUGCACAUCGCCGCAACCCAAGUGGGACCCGACGAAGCCUUGGCGUUGCCAGCACUGUACCUUCAUCAACGAAGCCGGUUCGCGUAUUUGUUUAAUCUGCUGCAAGACAACGUUCCGCGAACAGUCCCCGGCUCCUGCCUCUGACGACGAGGAGCGCCAGAAGAAGAGAGCCGGCUUUCAGGACACGCUGGCGGACAAGGAGAUCGAGCUGUCUCCCACCAAGAGCGACGCCGAUCCUGCCAAGAGCGAGCUAGAUCCUGCCGAGCCCAAGCCCGAGGACAAGCUGUGUCCCAUCACCGACGACAACCAGGUGAACUUCACGGACGAGUUUAUUAAGGAGCAGCAAGAGGUGGAGAAGGAAAUUCGCCGUCGCCUCGAAAUCCAGAUGCGAAUAGAGGAAGAAAAUCGCCGUAUCGAAAGCGCAGGUGUGGUGCAAGAAAGCCGAACAGUGCAGCACUUUCAAGGGGACAAUGCAGAGACAGAAAGCUCGAGCAUGACACCGCAACAAGUCAUGGCGCUGGGUGCCGCAGCAGAGCCUUCGCCUUCCACCUCCGCGAGUGCAAUCGCCACCGGUGCGCAAGCAGGUUCUAGCUACCACUCAAACGUCCAGCAGUGUAACUCGUCGAGUCAAACCAUGUCUGUGGGUGACGAGCCGAGUCCGGCCACGAGCGACUCUUUGCCGCUGGACGGGACAUCGCCAGUGACUAUGCAGGGCGUGAGACCCAAAGUUUUGUAUAAGGCAUCCGUAGCUACAGACACGGAGGACUUCACGGACCCGUCAACGUCGUCGCCGCUGUCGGAUGUCCAGCAGGACAGGCAGGAGCGCCGCCGGAUUUUCGCCGAUGCCAAGGCGCAGUCCUUCGAUCAUCCCAGGCCGGCGUUCUUGCAACCGAAGGGCGCACAACCGGUCGUCAGGGGCACGCGCAUCGGUAACCUGAUCAGGACCCUGUCGAAGACGUCUCUGCAAAACACGGAGCCCGAGGGCCGCCUGUACCGCAGCCACAGUCGGUCCUCCCUGCACAGCGAUAUGUCGGACGCGUCGCCGGUGCGCAGGGGCAUCGCUAGGCACGGCUCGCUGGCGGAGUUCGACCGCCCGUUUGGCCUGGAGAGCAACAGGAAGGACGACGACGCAUCGUCGCUCGUCGGCGCCACAUCCAGUAGCUACAUCUCGGAGGGUAGGAAGCAGGACUACUACCUCAGCCUGGAAGAGUUGGUUCAACAACGCAAGCAGGAGCAAAUGCGCACGCAGGGGCUGGAGCUGGUCCGCCUCAUUCGGGAAGCCGAACAGCGCGGUUUCACCGCCGACGACCUGCAGGUGGCAAUGAACCAUUGCGGCAACGACAAUCCCAUAAACUGGUUGCGGGACAACUGGCAGAACAUGACUGAGACCGUGGUGACGUUGGCCACAAACUACGGCCACGACCGGCGUGAAAAUACCAUCGGAAUUGUGUCCGUCAGCGAGGCCCAGAACGCACUGCGUCGCCAGAAGGGCAACAUCUGGGCUGCCGUCACCGAGUGCGUCGAGAACCGCCAGAGAAUGUUCAUGGAGCUGAGCUCGAGAGGGAACUUCACUCGGCAAGAAAUACUGGCAGCGUUAACAGAUAACCAGGGCAACAUGGACAUGGCGUACGCGCAGCUGACAAAGGCCACGCUCAAGCCGUUCCUCAUGCGCAUCUGGGGGCCCGGCACGGGAGUCGACAACGACGAAGGACGCCGGCCGUCCCCUCUCGGCGACAAGCGUGAGGAAAGCGUCACGGACCGAGUCAAGGAUUGGCUCGAAUCCCUGGACGCAGCAUCGCAGCUGCCGUCCAGUAACGCCUCCUCGCUCGAAGAGAGACGGGCCAAGCGCCACUCGUUCCACGGCCACCGGAGCGACCAGUCGUUCUGCAGCGGCCACCGCGACCGAUCCAGCUCGCCGGCUUCGUCCUUCUCGAGCCUCAGGGAAACCUCGGAAGUGAGCAGCGUCUCGUCGGCUGCCCACGGCGCCAGCUCUCGGCUCGAGGCGAUUCUCCGCCGUCGAGAAGCCCAAAAAGAAUUUGAAAAGGGUCGCAAGUCAAAGAAGGAAGCGAGCGCCGACGGCAGUAGAAGGCGAUGGACGCUCGCUUCAGUUUUCAGCGCGAAGAAGCCCAGUUCGCCUGUCAAAAAAGACGCGCUCACGGGGGCAGGUUCCUCGGCUCAAAAGUCUUCUUCACAGACGACGCUGGCGUCUGACACCACGCACCUUGACAGCAGCAGCAGUGGCGGAGCCACCGUGUCGAUGGAAACGCUGACGUCAAUCGAAGCGACAGGUGCAAAGCCGAAAACGUUUCUGGGACGAUUUUCAUCGUUCAAGAAUGAGAGUAGAAAGAAAGACACAAAGGCGGCCGAAGCUGUUGACUUGGGUGUUCCAAACAAUUCCGUGAAAGGCUCCCCCAUGGCUGAGAGGGCUGCAGAAGCCUUGAAAGAUGAGUCAGACAGUAAAACUGUGACAAACAAGGAAACACACACACUUCAGAACCAGCCACUAAGCGCACAAGAAAUAUUGCAAAAAGCUGAUGCUACCGAAAGCACUACACCUUUUGCUGCAAACCGAAAUGCAAUUGAAAACAUAAAGCAGUCUAUUCACGCCGCGAAAAUUUCAUUCAUGUCGGCACCUACAGGACCUGCUGUCUACCAUUCGCCAGAAGAUGCCCAAGAAUCUUCAGCUAAUGGGUCAUUGCCUCAGAAGUCUGUACUCGAUAAAUUAGAUGGAACCCCGUUGACUGAACAAGCAGCUGAAAAACCGAUAGAAAACCAUUCCAGUGUAGUAGCUGCAGGCGGCAAGGUUAAAAACGAGAUUGAAGGUAAUGCUCCGAAAGCGAUAGAGCCAUUAAACCUAACCAAAGAUACGCAAGACGCCGAAACGAAGUCCUCCAGUUCUCCGAGCAAAAGCCAAGACUCUUCACCGGAAAAACAACCUGGUCAAUAUCCGGAGGUGCAUACGGCUAGCAAAAAUACCACUUCUAAUACCAAGGGUACGUCACCUCUUAUCCCACGAGAAACAGACGGCGUUAACGGCGCAAACGGACAGUCUAUGGCCAAAAACACGACAAGCGAAGUUUCGGAACCACCAGCGGUAGCAACCCCCACAGUCGUGGUACACCAUGCUGAGAACUCAACCCCACUUUUGGCACCUGAAAACUCAGACAGCAGCAGCCGGUGUGCGUCCUCUGAGCGCAUACCUGUAAAUGGCGCAGACGGGAGCAUAGAAGUAGCCGAAUACUCUUCGGUGGAGAGCCGGCAAAGUGAAACCGAAAAGGCCAGUGCGCAGGCAGCGGGCGCAGUGAGCACGGGAGGUGAGGGAUCAACCUCUGCGGCUACCGGAAAGUUAGGAAAUCGCCUCGAGGACGCGGCAAUCGGGAGAAAGCGUGUGCGCCCGCUCACCAAUGGGACUGCCGAAAACGCCGAGCUUGAGACGCUGAGACCGCUGCCUGCUGCGGGCAAGGGUGUCCCGCUCCGGCGGCCGUCGGUGAGGCGGGCCAGCCGUGAGGGUGCCGAUGACUGCGUGGUCAGGGACCGCGAUGGCAAUGCUCUCAUCGUGAAGCCCCAAAAGCCGAUCGAGCGUCGCGGCAGUGUCAACGCGCGAUCAGGCCUGCAGAUUUCCAAAGCGGUGGCAGCCAACAUCGCGAAACUGCGGUCAGUUCCGCCGCCAAGGAAGCGCAAGCAGGUGGUGCAGCCCAGGCCGGCCGGCAGGCUUCCCACGGAGAAACAGAAACAGUACAAGGCAAAAGCCGAGGAACUCGUCCAAGGAGGUCGUUGUCCGACCAUGGUGCACGCGCAUUUGGUGGCCGAGCUGAUCGACAUGAGCUUCGAUGAAGAGGACGCCAUACUGGCUGCCGAACAGUGCGAAAGCAUCUACCAGGCAGUCAACUUCUUGCAACAGGAGUGUGAGCUAUGCGCGGCCAACUACCCCAUCAGUCAGAUGGUCUCUCUACUGAACUGCGUACACAGAGCGUGCAAAGAGUGCCUUAAAGCCUAUUUUACCAUUCAAAUACGGGACAGAAAUAUUAUGGAACUUCUUUGCCCAUUCUGCAAUGAGCCUGACUUGAGUGACGAAGACGUAGAGCUGAAUUACUUUAAUAACUUAGAUAUCUUGCUAAAAGGCUUGGUUGACAACGAAGUCUACGACCUGUUUCAACAAAAGCUACGGGACCGAGCGCUAAUGAAGGAUCCAAACUUCCGAUGGUGUUCACAGUGUUCUUCCGGUUUCAUCACAUACCCUAAUCAGAUACGUCUUGUGUGCCCCGACUGCAAGGCGGUCACCUGCGCGUCUUGUCGCAAGCCUUGGCAAAAGCAACAUGAAGGGAUCAGCUGCGAGCAGUUUCAAGAGUGGCAACAAAGCAAUGACCCUGAAAGUCAGGCUGAAGGAAUCGCGCAUUACUUGGCUGAAAAUGGAAUCGAUUGUCCAAACUGCAAGUUUCGGUAUGCACUAGCCCGCGGUGGCUGCAUGCAUUUCAAGUGCUAUCAGUGUGGUUUCGACUUCUGUUGCGGGUGCAACUUGCCCUUUAAAAUGGGUGAGAAAUGUGGCCGGUCUCCGAACUGCUGCAGACUGGGUUUACAUGCCCAUCAUCCUAGAAACUGUCUUUUCUACCUCCGUGACAAGAAUUUGGAAGACCUGCAAAGGCUUCUAGAGGUGAGUAGGCACUAG